GAAGGAAAGGACAAGCUGACACCCUGGGAAGAGUUCAUUGAGAAGAAGAAGGACAAGAAAAAGCAGAAGAAGACCAAAGGAAAGCAGGAAUCAGAUGAUUCGGACCUCAGUGACGAUGCGCUUCCUCCAGACGUUGACUUUGAUGACCCAUUCUUUGCUGAAGAGCUUGGUCCUACAGAUCUGAAAAAGAAAGCAAAGAGCAAGAAAAACAAAAAGGUYGAGGAGAGGACACCUGAAGAGAAGGAGGAGUUGGAGAAACAAAAGGCUGAGAUGGCCCUGCUCAUGGACGACGAGGACAAGCACAAACACUUCAACUACGACAAGAUCGUAGAUGAGCAGAACCUGAGCAAAAAGAAGAGGAAGAAGCUUCUGAAGAAGGACAACACGGGUCUGGAGGAGGACGACUUCCAGGUGGACGUGAAGGACCCUCGUUUCCAGGCCAUGUUUACCUCCCACCUCUACAACUUAGACCCGUUCGACCCGGGCUACAAGAAGACCAAGGCCACCCAGAGCAUCCAGGUCGAGAAGCAGCGCCAGCGCGACCAGGAGCUCAGAGGCCCCGCCCACACAGGUAGUGGGAGCAAAGAAACAGGAAACAAUUGCGUGGCCAGGCAGUGGCUGAACCCACCAAGAAAAUGGACCCCGGACUGUCCAUGCUUAUCAAGUCUAUUAUGAACAAAACAGAGCAGUUUCAAGCACGAAAGAAACAAAAGACAACGUAGGCCUUUCUAACUGGACUAUUGGAGACUACGUUUCUGGGUGAAAAGCUAUGGACUCUUAACCAGUAGCUAUGUGCAGCAGCCUUACGCUACACUAUCUCUUUGUGAUGAAGAGACUGUUGGUGUGUGUGUGUGUGUGUGUGUGUGUGUGUGAGAGAUGCCUGAGACAAGCCUUGCCCACUUUUAUUUUGAACUAUCACUCUACAAGAGGCCUAAUCAGGAACACGAAGUUGAAGAUAGUUUGAAUGUAUAAAAUGCUAAUUAACAUUGAGACACUUGUAGAAAACAUGUUCUGGGGGACUGCCAACAGUAAAUGGUGGUUUCAUGGA